GAAGGUGGAUCAAGACCGCCUUCAACCUGGAAAUGGAUAUCUUCACUGUGGAAGACAUGCGGGUCAAGAAGAGGGCUCCACAGUUACGUAUCCAUCGCCAAAAGACUGCACUUGGAAGGCCAUCAUACUUGGACAACGGGGGAUCUCCUAAGUAAGUAAGAAAGUAAAGUCCCACUUUGGAUGAGAGAUUGCUCACCAUGGAAACAGAAGCUUGAAAUAUGUACAUUUACAGACUCCAAGGCCCGAUUAAAAGAGAUUUAUUUAUUUGCUUAUUUCAUUUGUAUACUGCUUUUCUCACCCUAGGGGGGACUCAAAGCGGUUUCCAACAUAUUUAUGACAAAAUUUAAUGCCUUACAAACAUAUAAAAAUCUUAAAAAAUGAGCAACAAUAACAUAUACUAUCAAUUAAAUCAUAAAACAUAACAUUUAGACAAUUAAAAAUGUAGAGUUAAAACAUAUCAGUAUAAACAUUCAAAUCACAUAAUCAGAUGUCAUAGUCCAAGGCUGUUCCAAGUGUCAAAUAACAAUUGCACAUAAUCCAUGAUCAUUCCUUGUAUUGCUUACUGCCCACAGGCUUGGUCCCAUAGCCAAGUUUUUACUUUUUUCCCAUUGAAAGGAGCCAAAAUCCAUGCUGUCAGGGCAAACUUAAAGCGACCAGCAGCAGACUGGCUGAUGCAGAUGUAUGACACUCAAUCCCCUACAUUGUGUCCGCUCCAGGAAGCCUUAAAAGCAAGUUUUCAAGAUCCUUUGGCAGAAAUUAAAGCUAAAGUGCAACUUAGAAAGGUAUACCAAGGAGACAGGCAGAUGUCAGAAUUUAAAGCACUUGUUGGGAAGAUCAGAAAUUGGUCAGAAGAUCCCCCCCCUCCCAAUGUGGCCAAAGAAAAGGUGUCAACGGUGACGGAGACAACUCGGGCCCCAGGUGGAAUGCCAGCUGAAACAGAGGAGCUGGACAUGGAAGACAACACAGAAUGGCUGCAGGGAAAUGACAACAAUCUGCUUUAGACGCCCAACGGCAGAUCACAGUAUCCCAGGGAAAAGACGCGCCGGAUGGUUGCUGUCUCUUUGGUGUCUGCCUGAUUACUGGAUACGUGCUCUGCGAAUACUGCUGGUUCCCCUAAACAUUUGCAUUCUCUAGCUCCAAUCCUCAGCCGCCAUGACCAGCUCCAAGCAGCGCCUCAUUCAGGGCAUGCACCAGGACCUCAGUUGCCCCGUCUGCCUGAAGCUGUUCCAAUCCCCUGUGACGACAGAAUGCGGACACACCUUCUGCAUGGAUUGCCUCUCCAGGGCAUCCAAGGAUGAGGAUGGCAAGGCCACUUCAUGCCCUGUCUGCCAGGCUGGCACUAAGGUGGAGCAGUUGUGCAUCAACAAGCAAAUGGAGAACUUGGUGCAAAGCUUCAAGCAGGUUCCCCAAGACCACUGUGAGGAGCAUCUUGACCCACUGAGUGUUUACUGUGAGCAGGACCAGCAGGUCAUCUGCGGUGUAUGUGCUUCCCUGGGCAAACACAGGGGUCACAACAUCAUCACUGCUGCUGAGGCCCACCAGAGGAUGAAGAAGCAACUUCCUCAGCAACAAGUCCAACUGCAAGAGGCUCAAGUGCGCAAAGAGAAGACGAUUGCUCUGCUGAACCGCCAAAUAGCAGAAGUGGAGGACACAGUGUCUCGGUUCAAGCAGCAAGUAUCAGAGCAACUAGGAGUGAUGCGUGCCUAUCUGGGAGCGCUGGAAGCAUCUCUGGGCCGAGAAGCUGAGCGCGUACAGCACCAAGCCACCGAUGCCUUGCAAAGCGAGCGCAAGACCAUGACCUGCUACUUGGAGCAGCUCAGGCAGAUGGAGACGGUGCUUGGGGAGGUGCAAGACGAGCCACAGACUGAAUUUCUCAGGAAAUACUGCCUGGUUGCCAGCAGACUGCAGAAGAUCCUUGGAGAAUCCCCACCUAUUGCUCGCAUGGACAUCCAGCUCCCCAUUAUUUCAGAUGAGUUCAAGUUCCAGGUGUGGAGGAAGAUGUACCGUGCACUGAUGCCAGCCUUGGAGAACCUGGCCUUUGACCCAGACACUGCUCACCCCAACCUGGUGGUCUCUGACGAUGGCAAGCGGGUGGAGUGCGUGGAGCACAAGCAGGCCGUGAGUGUGGAUGACCCCCAGCGCUUCGACAAGGCCAACUGCGUGGUGUCACGCCAGAGCUUCUCACAGGGAGAGCAUUACUGGGAGGUGACCGUGGGCGACAAGCCCCGCUGGACCUUGGGAGUCAUCUCGGCUGAGACGGGGCGCAAGGGCCGCCUCAACCCACUUCCUUCCAACGGCUUCUGGGUGCUGGGCUUCAAGGAUGGGAAGACCUACGAGGCCCACGUGGAACACAAGGAGCCACGGGCGCUGAAGCUGGAGAAUAAGCCCACCUGCAUUGGCAUGUACCUCAGCUUUGAUGAUGGUAUCCUGUCCUUCUAUGAUGCCAGUGAUGAAGAUAACCUGGUGCAGAUGUUUGCCUUCCAUGAGCGGUUUACAGGCAACCUCUACCCUUUCUUUGACCCUUGUUGGCACGAUAAGGGCAAAAACAGCCAACCUUUGGUUAUCUACACUCCGGAGCCAGAAAAAUAAUCAGUGCCUGAUCUGGGUAGGAAAAAUACUAAUUCACAGUCACAUAUAAUUGUAUUGACCUGGGUGGAGCAAGUACAAUCUUCAGACCACAUGUGGACCCUAGCACUGUUUGGUGGCAUCAGGGUUUUGGGGGGUGGGGGGUGGGAUAGAUAGAUAGAUAGAUAGAUAGAUAGAUAGAUAGAUAGAUAGAUAGAUAGAUAGAUAGAUAAUCAAACCCAAUCUUUACCAAACCCCCCCCCCCAAAAAAAAACCCCUUGCAUAGUGUUUAGACAAGAACAUCCUUUUGAAGGGGGUAUCUUUGUCUAAAUUUGCCCCCAAAUGCCCUUUAAAAGAUAUUGUGGGAUUGGGGGAGGAGAGCCUAGGAGAGCUUUUGAAAAACACAAUUUAAAAAAGGCUUCCAUAGACCUGAAAAGGGGAUAUAAAGUAGAGUUGGUGUCACCUGCUAUGGUAACCCAUAUUACCUCCUCCCAUGCCAGGCCACAUAGAAUAUUGUAGUUAAAAUAGCAGAAUAUUUGACAAAAUUGGGGACUACAAAAGAGCCAGCAGCAAUUAAAACAACAGUGCAUGAUUGUCCAGAUCAAACCAUGUGAUUUGAAGUGUCAUUGUAAUUGGGUAAUAAUGAUAACUCUGACAGUAGCACAUCCACAUGAUUAAAAGAUUCCAAAAGUAAAUUAACACGGAGUUUUAUCCUUGUGGGCAUAUGGAUAACAGCCAUGGGCUUACCACAAAAAGCUUUUGUGGUUAUAUUUAGUGCAGGUAUAUUUUUAUUUUAAAAUAAUAAUUUAUUUCUGCCAAAAUGCUGUAUGAAAAUUUUAUAGACAGACGUUUUGAUGGGGUCACCUACUGAUAUAGUCUGCACUCCCCUAGUGAUGCCACUGUAUGCAGAGCCCUAAAAGCAUAGUGAAAAUGCUCCCCACAUACCCUGAAAGUGUUUGGGGAUAUUGUAGUGCAGUUAAUCAUGGAAGAACUGCAGUUUGGAGUUAUGGGUCUCCAAAUUUUCCUAGGACACCAAUCCAGUCUCCUAACCUUCCUCAGCUUUAGGCUGGAUCUAAACUGCCAUAUAAUCCAGUUACUAAAUUCGGAUUAUCUGAUUCAAACUGGAUUAUGUGAUUUUACACUGCCAUAUAAUCUAGUUUCUGAAUCCAGAUUAUCCCCUUUGAACUGGAUUAUAUCGCAGUGUAGAUUCAUAUAAUCCAAUUCAAAAUGGAUAAUCUGGAGUCAGAUACUGGAUUAUAUGGCAGUGUAUAUGGCCAGCCUCAGUUGCUUCUUCAAUUUUAAAACCUCCAAAAUGUGCAGAAUGCCUCCCUCUGGCUGAACUACAUUUCAGAUAUUCAACAAGUUGUUGUCAAUGUCACCUCUGUUUCUGCCAACUGCAUACACAUGUAUAAGUAGAUCAACUAUUAUGCUCAGAAUAAAGAAUCGGAUACCAAGUCUGGCACCUCCUUGUUGAUUUGAAAGUGAAACCGCUCCUUCCCUUGAAGUCUGCAAAGUAAAACUGAGCAAUAUGUGGACAGCAACUGCUAACUAAGAAAAGAAGUCUAUAGAUAUGUCCCCAGGGAUGGGCAUCUAGUAGUCUGCCACACAACUUCCUGCCCGGUUUAAUGGCUACUGUUCACUUCUCAAAUCCUUGACAUGUUACUCUCUGCUAUUGCACUCUCAUUGAAGAGACUAUUAUUGGUACAAUCCAAAGGAUCAAACUAGAAUCAAAAACCGCAAAGAAAAAUAUGUCUAUAUAUCUAUGCAAGCUGUACACAAAUAAGUAUGUAUCACUUUUAUCUUUGGAAAUGUGGUUAUGUGUUUUGUGAUGCCACUGUUCUGUAGUACAGAUAUUAUUCACCAAAAUUCAACAUUCUACUAAAUACUAUUCAUUUAAAUUUUAAAUUAUUAUUAUACUGUUACCUGUUCAGCAAUUCCCUAUGGGCUUUGAAAGCCAAUGUAAAUGUUGUAAAGAAAAGUCCGAGUGUGGCUUACGAGAGCCAGAAGAGUAGAAUUGAGGGCAGAAGCUGUGAAGCUUGGAGGAAAAGGGCAGGAAGUGGGGAUUCUGAAUUGCUUAUCUUCUUGGUCUACCUACUUUCAACACUCAUAUUUUCAAAGUUUGCCCCUUCUCUCUCAGCAAAGCAAGAGAUUGCAAAAUAGAAUGUAGAGGCUGCUCCUUCCUCAACCGCAAUAGAGAAUAUUUUCAACCUUUGUACACUGAACAAAAGCCAAAGGAAUUAAUAAUAUAAUCUUACUACCCUGUUUCCCCUAAAAUAAGACAUCCCUGAAAAAUAAGACCUAGUAGAAGUUUUGCUGAAUUGCUAAAUAUAAGGCCUCCCCCAAAAGUAAGACCUAGCAAAGUUUUUGUUUGGAAGCAUGCCCAGCACCUGCCAAACAGAACACCCGAGCAUGCAGGAUCAGUAAAUGUACGUACCAUAAAGUGUUGUACAUGGAAAUAUUGGUAGUAAUAAAAAAAUCUUGAUAGGAUUCACAGUUUGUCUGGUUAUGCUGGUUUAUGAUGACAACUACCGUACAGUAUAUAAUAAAUGUUCAUUUUUUUGUUCAACAAUAAA